AUGGGUAGAGGAAAGAUUGCAAUCAGGAGAAUAUACAACUCAACCAAUAGGCAAGUGACGUUCUCAAAGAGACGGAAUGGGUUACUGAAGAAAGCAAAAGAGUUAGCCAUUUUAUGUGAUGUUGAAUUCGUCGCCAUCACAGAAUUUUUACAAGAAAAUCUAGAGAAGGGAGUUGUUAACAAUGUCGAGGUAGAUGUUCUUCAAUUAAGACGACUGAAUGUCGAGCUUCAUCUUCAAAAGAGAAUUCUUUGUUGCAGGAUUUCAUCAAUGGAGUCUCAGCUAGUUUCCUUAGCAAAAGAUUCUGAGAAUGAAUUUAUCCAAAAGAUCAAAUCCGAAGCAUCCAUAUUACGACAAAUAAACGAAGAUUUAUGCAAACAAGUUGAAGAUCUACAGGUAAGUCAAUUGAACGAAGUUGAUGAGCUUGUUUAUCUUAGAUGGGUCAAUUCCUGUCUCAAAAACGAGCUUCAAAAGUCGACUUUUUUUACUUCUGAUAUAUCUUCAAGCCCAGCUUCUGUUGAAUGGCGUAAUCCUUAUGUAUCAAGUGAUGAAACUUCUGAACAUGGUAGCACUCAAAAGAGAUUAAGUUCGAUUAAAAAGUGGAAAAAUGGUAUGUUUUAG